AUGGAGCAGCCUAGCAGUGAAGUUUGGCAACCACCUCCACCAUCUGCUUACAAGCUUAAUUUUGAUGCGGCGGUCUUUUCAGGGUUGGAGAGAUCUGGAUUUGGAGUGAUAGUCCAUAAUGAUAAGGGUGAGGUUAUGGUGGCAAUGACUGCUGGGCCGAAGGUGAAUACAAGUGAGGAAGCAAAACUGCUUGCAUGUAGAAGGUCACUUGUAUGUGUUGUGGAUGCUGGUUUCACAAGACUGAUUAUUGAGGGAGAUAAUGUCAAUGAGAUACAAACCAUCUCCUCACCAUUUGUUAACCAUUCAUUGUUAGGUAAUGUGGUAGAUGAUAUUCGCUAUUUGAUUCAUGGUUUACAGUUGGCUACUAUUAGCAGCACUAGGAAGGGUGGAAAUAAGGUUGCACAUGUUCUUGCACAACAUGCUAGGAAUACUUUAGAUGAUGAUUUGUAUUGGAUGUAG